CUCACAUACACACACACAAACACUCACUCACUCACCAUAAACACUUCACAGAUGAGGAGCAGCAAGUGGUGUCACAUAAGGACUGCUUCAGUAGCUGAGGUGCCAGCAGCAGCAGCAGCAGUGUGUGUCUCUGCGGAUUAAUCUCCUCAAACAGCCUCCUCACACACACACACACACACACACACACACACACACACACACACACACACACACACACACACACACACACACACACAGCUGAUAUGUCUAUGAUGGAGGCCAAAGCGUCUUUAUAUGUCAGCGCGCUGCAAGGGCUGGGUGCCAGUGUGGGUGGGUGUGUCCUGUCGGCGGUGAGGCUCCUCCCCUCUGCUAGAUGGAUGGGUGCGGGCGUCACGGCAACCAGGAUGCUCCAGAGGCUGGCAGUACUGCAGUACUUCCUCUCCUUCCUCUUCAUGGGUCCGGUGUGUAUGGUGCUGCUGGUGUAUCUGCUCUACACGCCGUGCUGGUGGCUGACUGCUCUCUAUUGCCUCUGGCUGCUACUGGACUGGGAGUCACAUAAACAAGCUGGCCGGAGGUUUGAGUGUGUGAGGAACUGGCAGGCGUGGACUUACAUGAGAGAUUACUUCCCUAUACGCCUGGUGAAGACGUGUGCUCUCUCGCCAGAUAAGAACUACAUCUUCGGUUACCACCCCCAUGGCAUCUUCUGUUUUGGAGCGUUCUGCAACUUCGGCACGGAGGCCAAUGGCUUCUCCAGGAAGUUUCCCGGAAUAACGCCGUACGUCGCCACACUCUCCGGAAACUUCCUCCUGCCCAUCGCACGGGACUACAUCAUGAGUGCAGGUGUGUGUCCAGUGACCCAUGACACGCUGGACUUCCUGUUGUCUAGUAACGGUGUCGGCGUUGCCGUGGUAAUAGCGGUGGGCGGAGCCGCGGAGGCUCUCAGCACCUCACCAGGAAGCUACAGGGUUACCCUGAGAAACCGCAAGGGCUUCAUACGCAAGGCCAUCAAGCACGGGGCGGCGCUAGUGCCGACGUUCUCGUUUGGCGAGAGCGAUACGUACAGCCAGGUGGAGCUUGCGGAGGACUCGUGGGGGCGGCGGCUGCAGACGAGGCUUCAGAAGAUACUGGGAUUCGCCAUCUGCCUCAUAAAGGGGUGUGGCCUAUUCUCACCCGACUCCUGGGGAAUCAUGCCCUAUGCCAGGCCCAUCACCACCGUAGUUGGUGAGCCGAUCACUGUCCCCCAGAUGUCUGAGCCGAGCCCUGAGGUCGUGGAUCGCUACCACACACUGUACAUGGAGGAGUUACAGAGGCUCUUCGACCGCGAGAAGACACGACACGGACUCAAGCACACAGAUACACUGCUUAUACAAUAGACACACACACACACACACACACACACACACACACACACACACACACACACACACACACACACACACACACACACACACACACACACACACACACACACACACACACACACACACGCUACCACACAGUCUACAAGGAGGAACUACAGAAACAACCGCGAGAAGACACGACAUGGACUCAAGCACACAGACACACUACACAAUACGCACACACACACACUACACAAUACGCACACACACACACACACACACACACACACA